UGAAUCUCCAUAACAGUACAAUUUCACACAAGUCCUCAAGCUUUUAGUAGCCAUGGCAAAAGCUCAAUCUUUCAUGUUUUUCAUAGUUGCUGCCAUGAUGAUUGCCCUUCCUACAACUACAUUAGGACAACUAAAUCCUGAUUUCUACGACAAAGUGUGCCCGCAGGCAUUACACACGGUUAGAGCAGUCGUUGAGCAGGCAAUCAUGCACGAGCCACGCAUGGGAGCGUCACUUCUCCGCUUGCAUUUUCAUGACUGUUUUGUCAAUGGCUGCGAUGGAUCAAAUCUGCUGGACGAUACAGCUAACUUCACUGGUGAGAAGACCGCUCGUCCGAACUUGAAUCCACUUAGGGGGUUUGAUGUUAUUGAUGAAAUUAAAGCAGCCGUAAACUCAGCUUGCUAUGGCAAUGUGGUGUCCUGUGCUGAUAUUUUAGCCAUUGCAGCUCGCGACUCCGUGAACAUUUUGGGAGCUCCAUGGUACCAAGUACAACUAGGUAGGAGAGACUCAUUAACUGCAAGUUUGAAUGAUGCAAACAAUGACAUCCCUCCCCCAUUCUUCAACCUCUCAAGCCUCCUCUCAAACUUCCAAUCUCAUAGUCUAGACCUCAAAGACCUCGUGGUCCUGUCUGGUGGCCACACCAUUGGUCUUGCAAGGUGCACCACCUUCGUAGCCAGGAUUUACAACGACACAAAUAUAAACCCUAAUUUUGACGCCACCCUGAAAAAGAUCUGCCCAGUCAAUAGUGGAGGAAACAAAACAUUUCCACUCGACGCAACCACAACUGUGUUUGAUACUGUGUACUACCAGGACUUGUUGCAACAGAAGGGUCUGCUUCAUUCUGAUCAGCAACUAUUUGAUGGUGGUAAUAGUGAGACUGAUGAUCUAGUGAGGUACUAUAGUAAUAACCCAUAUGCAUUUGGGGAAGACUUUGGUGUUUCUAUGCUUAAGAUGGGUAACUUGAAGCCUCUCACUGGUAGUAAUGGACAGAUCAGGAUGAAUUGCAGGAGAGUUAAUUAAGUCUGUUUGUUAGCAGGUCAGUUCAUGCCACAUUCUUAUCAACUUGCAUUUGAAUACGUUGUUUUUUGUUUUUUGUUUUAUGCUAUGGUAAUAACAUUGAUGUGUGAGUUUGGGCUUGGGAUUCUCUAUCCCAACUCUAUGUACCAAUCUUUUUAGUGUUGUCAUGUAUUCAUAAUUUGGAUUUAACAAAGUUUAUUUAUUUUUUUUGAAGUA